UUAUACAUUCGGUAGGUGACUCAAGUCCGAUUGGACCGAGGCGGCUUCCGUAGUGGCGGAUUGAAGCGUCGCACGGUCAGAUCAUUUCUACGAGUCAAGAUGGCGACAUCGGAGCCGAAAGCACCUGAAACUGAAGAUCAACAGGCUGAUGGGCAGGUUGUUGCAAAUCCUGAGCAGUAUAUCAAACAUCCUUUGCAAAACAGAUGGGCCCUGUGGUAUUUCAAAAACGACAAGAGCAAAAGCUGGACGGAGAACUUGCGUCUCAUUUCCAAGUUUGACACAGUCGAAGACUUCUGGGCAUUAUACAACCACAUACAGCAACCAAGCAAACUUGGCUUUGGUUGUGAUUAUAGCUUAUUUAAGGAUGGGAUAAAGCCAAUGUGGGAAGAUGAGAGGAAUAAGCUGGGGGGUCGAUGGCUGAUGACUCUCAACAAACAACAGCGGCACAAUGACCUCGAUCGCUACUGGAUGGAAACGCUCCUGUGUUUAGUUGGCGAGUCAUUUGACGAGGCAAGCGAAGACGUGUGCGGAGCCGUGGUCAACGUCAGACCCAAAGGUGACAAAAUAUCCAUCUGGACAAGCAACUGCCAAAACAGGGACGCCAUCAUGACGAUAGGGCAACUUUACAAGGAGCGUCUGAACCUCCAUAUAAAAGCCAUGAUUGGCUACCAGUCACAUGACGACACGUCCAGUAAGAGCGGCUCCACCACCAAGAACAUGUACUCCGUUUGAAAAGGCUCCCCCCCCCCUCCCCGUUUCAACAUUGCUGUAGAUUUAAACAAUUACCAGUCUGCAUCGUCACAUUAACCUUUUGAGUUGUCAACUACUAUAGUGUACUUUCCUUUUAUUGCAAACAAAUAUUGUUUAUAGUGUGUACAGUCUGAGCUUCCUUCAACACCAGAGUAUAGCGGAACCAGGCUGGAUGGAGUGUUUGGCUCAAGAUGUCUUAAAGGAGCAAAAGAACAUAAUUUACUUUUAGAGUAUAUAUAGUGGCCUCCCAUAGCUGUGUUGAGAACAAGCUUUUUUCAGUACUUAACUACUUUGGGUUGGGAAAGAAACCCCUUAACUUAAGGCCUUGUUUUUUCCUCAUGCUGAGUUCUCUAAAAAGUGUUCCCUUGCCUCACAACAAAAAAAUAUUAGUCACGUUUUCGUUACACGCCGGCAGUUUUAAGGACAGUUUUUAAACUUGAUUUAUCCAGGAGUGUAGAGCAUAAGGGGGGCUUUCAGGUGCAUCAGCAUGCCGAUUCCACGAUAUCUUAAAAGGUUUGGAAAAGCCGUGGUCACACUCCCCAGUGGAUGGUUUGGAUUUAAGGCCACUUAUCAUUUCAGCCACGCUGGAAUUGUGGAAUAUUGUUUGUUGUACUUCUUGUUUUGUUUUCUUCCUCUUACAUUUAUUUAUAAUGUAUGCAUUGCAGUUACUUAGUUGAAAGACAACAAUUACUUUUUUUUUUUUUUUUUUUAAGUUUUUUUUUUUUUUCUUUUGGUUAAAGUUUCAAGUUUAUAGUGAGGACUACUGCAUAUAGAUAAAAAAAUGUCCUGUGUACCAUACAGUAAAAAUGCUGACAGGUGUGCUUUUCACUGUUUUCUUCCUAACAGCGACUGUAGAUUAUGUCACACUCCUCUUGGUUGAUGCGAACGAAAGAUGCUAUUCAUUGUGACAUGAUUUUGCUCAUAAUGUAUCUUUAUUAUCUGUAAUUCCAGGAUGUAUUUUACCUUCUUUCAAGUAAAGGUUAAGUGCUUUGCAUUAAACUGCAA